AUGAUAAACGUAAACGUGGGCGUGCUGGGGCAUGUGGACUCGGGGAAAACGAGUCUGUGUAGGUGCCUGAGUGAAGUACUUAGCACGUGCGCCCUGGACAAACACAGGCAGAGUCAGGAGAAAGGAAUCACCAUCGAUUUGGGUUUCUCCUCCUUUUACUUGAAGAGGAGGCGAAGAAAGAGAAGCGAAACGGGCAAGCAAGCAGGUCAGAUCAGGAGUGGAGAGGUUGGAAGUGAGCAGAGCGGGAGUGGAGAGGUCGGAAGUGGGCAGAUCAGGAGUGACCAAAUUUUCGAUGGCGAGGUGGCCACCGGGGAGGGGCGCGCUGCCCCACGGGACUGCUCCCCCCCCGAGGAAGAAACGCUGCAAGUUUGUCUAGUGGACUGCCCGGGGCACCACUCCCUCCUCAACUGUAUAAUAAUGGGAGCAGAAAUAACGGACAUGGUCCUGCUCCUGAUAGAUAUCACGAAAGGAAUUCAAAAGCAAACCGUGGAGUGCCUUGUCCUAUGCGAGGUCCUCCAAAGAGAUGUCGUAAUUGUUUUGAAUAAAGUUGAUCUAGUCCCUCCUGAACAGAGAGAAAAAAGGUUCAACCUAAUGAAGGAAAAAAUUGAUUUGGUUUUUAGGAGUAAGGUCGGUUUGAGGAACCUCAGAUGGUACGUCGUGGGGAGGUCAUCAGAGUGCCGGCGCGGGGGGGAAAAAAAAGCACGCGGGGGGGAGGGCCAAGUGGAAGGAAAAGGAAGCCAUAACGAGGAUGCGGAUGAGGGUGAGGGCGAUGAGGAUGACGAUGAUGGAGGAGAUGACGAUGAGGGAGGCGAUGACGAUGACGGAGGGGAUGACGAUGACGGAGGCGAUGACGGAGACCGGGUGAACCACCGAGACGAGUUCUACUUCCUCUACGAUCACUCCUUCGACGUUAGGGGGAAAGGGAGAGUGUACACGGGGACAGUGAUCCGAGGGACUAUCAAAAGGAACACCGUUGUCUCCAUAUUGCCAUUGAAGGAAAAGGGAAAAGUUAAAGAAAUUCAGAGUUUUAAACAGAGAGUCGAAGAAGGGACUAAGGGGAGUAGAUUGUCUCUCCUAAUCUCAAACGAUCAUAUACGAAAUGCUGGGAAGAAAAUCGAGAGAGGUGUUAUCGUUUCGGGAGUAUCAAACAUCCCUCACUUUUCCAUUUUUAUUUGUCGAGUGAAGUUGGUUCAGUACUACGGGAGGAGUGUCAACAAUGCCGAGUUACUCUCCUGUGUCAUUGGCUUUGCUACCUCCCCUUGCUAUGGGUUCUUUUUUCGUCCUGUUAAGAGACCCACUAGGAGGGGGGGCAUGCCGUCCCACCAGGAAAAAAUACAUCCUGUGCAGUCUCUGCGCACGAAGAAGAAUAAAAAAGGCUUCGACCCUGAGGGAGACUACCUCUUAGUUAAGCAGCUAACAUUCGAAAAAGGAAAGGAAGAGAAGAAGCCACCAGGGGGGGGGCUCAUCUCGGGGGGGAGGCCCCACUCAGGGGAGAACCAUGCAAAGGACAGAGAAAAUAAAAACCUCCCCAGUGAUGAAGGCGACGAUGCCGACCGCGGGGACCACCACGAUGACCCCAGUGAUGACCACAGUGAAGACCACCGAGAUGACCACCGCGGGGACCCCCCCGAUGACCGCCACAGGGACACCUUCUUCCUAGUCCUCCUUAAGAAAAAAAUCCACGGGUACAAAAAGGAGAAAUGCAUUUUUAUAAAAAAUGAGGACAACUUAAACUGCAGGAUUUGUCUCCAUGGAACGAUUGAGGAGAUAAUUGACGAUGGGUAUCCUUUAGAGAAGGGUCCCUUCAUCGUAGGAAAGAAACCCACUCUUAGUGACUUCCCCCGUUUUAGUAACUUCAAACUACUGACUGCAAAGCAGAAGGUGGGGCAAAUCGAACGUGUACAGGAUAACCAUACGGUGCUUUGUAGGAAUAUGUUUCAGUGCUCUAGUGAAGUCACUCCUUACGUGAAAAAGGAGAUAUGCCUAGUUGAUGCAAACUACGUCAAUGAUCUAAGUGAUAUACACGUCAGACACGUCGGUGUUAUAACAGCUCCGUUUGCAAAAAAUGGGAAAUUCUUCGCCCGCUUUGAGGACGACCUUUCCUUUGUGAGGGAAAACUGCAAAUCGUUUCUCCUCGUGAUCAAGUACUACAAGGACGCGCUCACAAAGAGGAAGGUAUUUCUAUGA